AUGAACGACUUAAUGAAUUCUCCCGUAAACAGAGAAACAAUCAUUAGUCCUGACGAAUUAACAAAUGCAGAAGACGACCUUAUGAUGGGAAAUGAACUUCAGAAUCAAACUGGACCUUCAAUACGUAAUCCAAGCUUUAAAAUAGAAAGUAGUCAAAGGCAAGAUAAAAUGCAAAAUGACUCUGAAGACGAGUCUGAUGAUGACAAUCUAUCCGAAGUAAAAUAUGAAUUCGGCCGUAGUGAAGCCAAAGAUAAAGAUCCACAAGAUAAGGCUUGGCGAGUUCGUGCUUUGUUGAAACUGUUUCAAAAGAAUAUUCUGAAGUUUGGCUUUUGGAAUUCAGCUUUAUCAGUGGAUGAAAUGAUGGCUAAAUCGUAUGCUAGAACGUGUUUGAAACAGUUUAUACGAGGAAAACCUACACCAUUCGGUCUUAAAUUUUGGGAUCUUGUUGUGCAUUUAAACCGAUUAAAAUUGAAAUGUACUGGAACUGUUAGAGACAAUCGUGUCCCAGUAAAAAAUGUCAUUCAUAAAAAGGCUCCACGUGGAACAUAUGUAGUAAAGCAUGAAAAAAACUCUGGAAUAAAUUACAUCACGGUUAUGGAUUCAAAGCCAGUAUUAAUACUAUCUACAGCUGCAGGAGUCACUCCAUUAUCAUCAGCAAAGAGAUACAGUUCGAUCGAAAAAGAAAAAGUCGAUAUACCAGUUCUGCAAGCUUUUCACCUUUAUAAUCAGUCCAUGGGUGGAGUUGAUGUACACGACGGUCACUGUAACAAUUUGUUGCCAAGUAUUCGUUUAAAGAAGUGGACGUGGAUGGUUUUCGUUAGACUUAUCCAAGCAGCAAUUACAAAUGCAGUUGUAAUAUUCAAUGCUGUUGAUGAUAGUAAAAUAAAAGUUGGAACUAAAGAAUUUGCAAUGUCAAUAGCGAAAAGUUACAUUCAUGAUGCUUAA